AUGAAUGCAAUAGCAUCAUCGUCCACAGCAAUGGUCAGCAAUAAUUCAAAUAGUUCCGUUGUUUGCAAUAAUAAUCCAACGAAAAGGAGAAGUGGAACAUUUCGUGUAUUAGCAGAAGAUUAUACGCAAUUUACAUUGAAUGAUGAAUUUGAUAACGAUUUUCAUCAGGUAUUAACAAAUCAUGAAAAAUAUACGCUUGGAUUGGAUCCGACAUUAGAUGAUGAACUGUUAAUUGAUCGCACUAAUGCUGAUAAUCAUACUACUAGUGAUUGCUUGCGCAAGAAAUUAAAUAAGAAUACAUAUGUGUCACAUAAUGAAAGAGAAAUUUCCAGGUUAACAGAUGAAGUGGAAAUUGAUGGUGAUUCAGCAUCAGAUGAAUUAGAUUUAUUGCCACCUUUACCAUCUUGUUCAAGUACAGGGCGAAAAUUUCCAAAAUGGAAAAUAAAACUGCCAAAUUGUUCACUUUGUUGUAAUCCUCGGAUUCCAAUAAAAUGCAUUAUUAUGUAA